AUGCACACCAUCGCAGUCUCUGACCUUACAUACCGCCAUCGCUCAGACCCAGAUGCACCUCCUGCCCUAUCCAACAUCUCUCUUCAUCUCCCCCCUGGCUCGCGCACAAUUCUAGUAGGCGCAAAUGGAGCGGGCAAAUCUACGCUCCUCCAGAUCUUGGCAGGCAAACGUCUCGUCAAUGCUGCCGAUAUCCGAAUCAAGGGCAGAGAUGUCUUCAGAGAUUCUCCCGAAGGCGUCACCUUUCUGGGCACAGAAUGGGCCAUGAAUCCCGUAGUUAGAAGCGAUAUCGUAGUUUCUUAUUUUCUAGAUUCCGUCGGGGGUUAUAGACAUAAAGAGCGUAGAGACCAUCUCCUUGAUAUUCUAGACGUCGACUUGGAUUGGCAUAUGCAUGCCAUUUCCGACGGUGAAAGGCGGCGAGUACAGCUUUGCAUGGGUCUCAUGGCGCCCUGGGACGUGCUUUUAUUAGACGAGGUCACCGUAGAUUUAGACGUACUAGUCCGAGAUGACUUAUUGAAGUUCCUUCAACAUGACAGUGAGACUCGUGGGGCGACAAUCUUAUAUGCAACUCAUAUCUUUGACGGCAUAAACUCUUUCCCAACUCACGUUGCCCACAUGCGAGGCGGUUCUUUUGUCACAGAAGCCACUCCACUAUCCUCUCUCCGACUCAACGAUCCAUCCAACCCGCUCUCUCUUUAUCAUGUUGCAUUGCAAUGGCUCACUGAAGAUAGAGAACAUCGCCGUGCCUUGGAGGCUCAAGGUCGCAAGACCAGAGGAGCAAGGAGGAACCAGACCGUACCAUCCGAUUCGGAAACCUUCUACAAGAAAUACGAUUAUAAUCCAUAA